AUGCCCAAUCGGCAGGCACCUGCUCGCAGCCUGCCAGCCAUAGCGUCUGAGCCCAGCGUGGACAGCGUGGCCGCCGAGCCCAGCUCCCUCCCCGCCAUGCCACACAUUGUCGUGUUCAGUGGGGGCACAGCCUUCAACAGCGUCGCGGGCCACUUCAAGCAGCUUACGCACAACGUGACGCAUGUGCUGCCUGUCACAGACGACGGCGGCAGCACGGCUGAGGUGGUGCGAGUGCUGGGCGGCCCUGCCGUGGGUGAUAUCCGCUCACGCUGCCUGCGCCUGGCAGAGGAGGGCGAUGCCGAGUCGGAGGCUGUCCGGCAGCUGCUGGGACACCGCCUGUCCUCUACCGAUCCAGAGGCCGCGCGCCAGGAGUGGUACCGCAUCGUGGAGGGGGAGCACCCCCUCUGGCAGGACCUGACUGAGCCGUACAAGCACACCAUCCGCGCCUUCCUGGUGCACUUCCAGGCCAACAUCCUGCGCCACGCCUCCCGUCGCUUCAACUUCCAGUCCGGCUCGGUGGGCAACUUCUUCUUCGCCGGCGCGCGCAUCUUCUUCCGCUCCCUGGAGGCCGCCAUCUUCCUCUUCUCCCGCGUCGCGCGCAUCCCUGAGGGCACCGAGACCCUGCCGGCGCUGCCCAGCGAGGGCGCGCUGCGCCUCGGCGCCGAGCUGGCCGACGGCUCCUGGGUCAUCGGCCAAUCAGCCAUCUCCCACCCGGCCGCCGCGGGGGCCGAGGCGCAGUCGGUGGACAAGGCCUGCGCGGCGCCGCUGCCCGCCGCCAUCCGCCGCGCCUUCUACCUGUCCAGCGACGGCGACGGCGCGGAGCACGAGGUGGCGCCCGACGCCAACCCGCGCACGCUGGCCGCGCUAGGCCGGGCGCAGGCCGUGAUCUACGGCAUGGGCUCCCUCUACACCUCCCUGGUGCCCCACCUGGUGCUGCGCGGGGUGGGUGAGACCAUCGCCGCCGCCCGCUGCCCCAAGAUCCUGAUGCUCAACGGCGCGGUGGACCGGGAGACGGGGCAGUGCCUGCGGCGGCCGGGCGCCAUGGCCGCCUCGGACGACAUGCACGCUAGCAUCCCCAAGCGGGAGCUUGCUGUUUUAUGGGGGGCUUAUUGA